GGUUCCUCGGCCGGGGGCGGGGUCCCCUCCCGAAACCUGUGGCUGCCGGCCGCCGGAAGUGAGCACAGUCGGUAAACUUAUUUGUUGUCGCCGGAAAUCUGGGGGCAAAAGCGCAGCCGUGUGAUGGCGGCGGCGGGUGAGGCUGAGAAGGGGCCGGUGGGCGGCGCGGAGGAGGAGCCUCCCCUCGCGGCGGCCCGGGAGCUGGCCGCCCAGAAGCGCGAGCAGAGACUGCGCAAAUUCCGGGAGCUGCACCUGAAACGGAAUGAAGCUCGAAAACUAAAUCACCAGGAAGUUGUGGAGGAAGAUAAAAGACUUAAGUUACCGGCAAACUGGGAAGCUAAAAAAGCUCGUUUGGAAUGGGAAUUGCAGGAAGAAGAAAAGAAAAAAGAGUGUGCAGCAAGAGGAGAGGACUAUGAGAAAGUGAAGUUGCUAGAGAUCAGCGCAGAAGAUGCAGAAAGAUGGGAGAGGAAAAAGAAGAGGAAAAACCCCGAUCUGGGAUUUUCAGAUUAUGCUGCUGCCCAGUUACGUCAGUAUCAUCGGCUGACCAAGCAGAUCAAACCUGACAUGGAAACAUACGAAAGACUGAGAGAAAAGCACGGAGAGUUCUACCCAACAUCCAACAGUCUUCUUCAUGGAACGCACGUGCCUUCCACAGAGGAAAUUGACAGGAUGGUCACAGACUUGGAAAAGCAAAUUGAAAAACGAGACAAAUACAGCCGGAGACGUCCUUAUAAUGAUGAUGCGGAUAUCGACUACAUUAAUGAAAGGAAUGCUAAAUUCAACAAGAAGGCAGAAAGAUUCUAUGGGAAAUAUACAGCUGAAAUUAAACAGAAUUUGGAAAGAGGAACUGCGGUCUAAUCUUCCGGAACUGUUUUGACUGCCAAAUUGUACCAGUAAACCAGGACUCGGUCUAUAUCUUUCCUUUUCUACUUUGUAAAAAGAAUUAUUCUCUGAAUGUCUAUGUAUUUUCAUGCUUAUAUAUUUAUUAUUUUCUUGUUUAAAAAAACCUGUCUCGUGUUAAACACAAAGUGUGUGCUUAACGUGUGUUCCCUACUGGGCUUAAAAUUCUUAGCUACAAACAA